ACCUCCGGAGGUGGAAGGGGUGCCUGGCUCCAGGGCAGGGAAGUGCCCUCUCCCCCACAGUUGAGACGGGGGAGGGGGUGGGAGCAGUGCGGCGUCGAGGUUUCAGCAAGUGGCAGCCGGUUUGCCCCGGCCCCGCACCCCAGGGCCGUGUGGGCGGGGUGGGAGGCAUAACCAGAUGGUGAGAUUUUAGAGUAGGGGAAAGUUAGUGGGGCGGGGCCCCCGGGAGUGUCAGGUGAGAUUAGUGACCUAUUUCUGGAGCUCUAAAAAGUUCCGGGCUCGGGGAGUCGGGGAAGACCUCUGUCGACUUCCCAGCAGUCAGUCCCCUGAGCUGCGUUGCACGGCCGAUCCCGGGAGCCCCCAACCCGCAGCCUGUGGCUGGGGCCGGACGCGGUCGGUUGCCUUGGCUCCGGGGGCGGUGGCCGCGCGGCUGCUCCAAUCACGCUCCAGCCGAGAGGUCGUGGACCAGCCCUGGAAAAGUUACCGCAGAUUCCCGAGGCCGGGCGGGCCCGGGAGCCCAGGAACCCGGCCCUGCCGGGGCGCGGGGCGCCGUCUCUGGAGCGGGCGUCGGAUGCGUCGGGGGCGAGUGCGCAGGGGCCCCGGGAACCGGUCCGGACCUAGCCCGCGCGCCAGGCCAUGGCGCCCUCGGGGCUCCUCGUGACCGGCGCCUCCUUCGCAGCCUUCCGGGGGAUGCACUGGGGGCUGCAGCUGCUGCCCGCGCCGGGAUCUGCGGCUCAGGACCGUUGGAAGUGGCGGAACAUCUGUGUCUCCCUGGCGCACAGCCUGCUCACCGGGUCCGGGGCGCUGCUCGGGCUGUUGCUGUACCCUCAGAUGGCCGCCGACCCCAUUCACGGCCACCCGCCCUGGGCCUUGGUGCUGGUGGCUGUAUCUGUGGGUUAUUUCCUGGCCGAUGGAGUUGACAUGCUGCAGAACCAGACCUUGGGCCAGGCCUGGGAGCUUCUCUGUCACCAUUUGGUGGUAGUGAGCUGCCUCGGCACUGCCAUUCUGUCCGGCCACUACGUGGGCUUCUCCGUGGUGUCUCUGCUCCUAGAGCUGAACUCCGUCUGCCUGCACCUGAGAAAGUUGCUGCUGCUUUCUCACCAGGCCCCGUCCGUGGCCUUCAGUGUGGCCAGCUGGGCCACCCUGGCCACCCUGGUCCUCUUCCGCCUGGCACCGCUGGGGUGGAUGAGUCUGUGGUUGAUCCAGCACCACCACCAGGUGCCUCCUGCUCUGGUUGUCCUUGGUGGCACCGGGCUGGCCACUGUGGGAGCCUUGAGCAUCUCACAGGGUGUUCGCAUUUUGAUCAGUGAUGUCCUGCGGUCUCGGCCUCAUUCAUCCAACCCUGGGCACAGGGAAGCGAGGGUCACCAGGACAUGUGACGGUGAGCCUGCCACCAAGGAUGAUUCCCCUCUGGGCCUGAAAGACUAGGGCGAAGCCUCGGGUUCUUCUUCUGCCAGUCUUGCGGGACAAGGAGAUGAUGGUCUUCAAUGCACAGACCCCCCCAUUGGGGUGAGGACUGGACUGGAUUUUCAGUAUCUCAGUUCCUCUUCCAGCAAAUUCAUACCCCUCCCCCACUCCUAGGAUCUGAAAAGAAAUGGUUGGGAAUCUGG